AUGGGUGACCAAAAGGAUGUGCUGAUAGAGCCGAUUAAGGCUGGUCCACGGACCGAUCAAGAGCUUAUGGCGCAUAUGGCAGCUCAGGUCGGCGAUGGUCGUCUGUUCAAAAUGGAUGUCGACUAUACAAGCCAGGUCGACGAAGCUAUUCCCAAGGCGAAUGCGAUCGCUGCGAAAGGAGAUGUCGCCGCGGCUCUGGACUCUUUGACCAAUCUUGAGAAACUUACACGACUUGGUUCAGACAUGAAAAGCAAUACACGGAUCGUUCAGCAUAUGGUGAAACUCUGCUUUGAUGGCAAGAAAUGGGAUCUUUUGAACGACACGAUACUUACUUUAUCAAAGAAGCGUCUGAUUAUCAAAGUGGCAAUCGCGAAAAUGGUCCGUGAUGCUUGUGAAAUGGUAGAGAAGAUGCCGAAUGAGGAGACUAAGAUGAAGCUUGUUGACACUCUGCGCACUAUCUAUGUGGAAGUGGAAAGGGCUCGUCUGACUUCUCUCGUAGUUAGGAAAAUGGAGGCGGAAGGUAAAAUAGAAGAGGCGGCUAAUCUCAUCCUUGGAGCUCCAGGUUGA